CCAAAGAGUUAGAAAUACUGAAGAAUGGCUUUGCCUACCUCCUUGCGCCUGGCGGGAAACUUUGUUCUUCUUCUGUUUGUAAUCUUCACCAUAAGCACAGCAGAAGCAGCUGUGGAAUGUCCUGAUAAGGAUCCUGAGCUAGAAAACUGGAACCCAGGUCACGAUGAGGAAAACCACGUCGAAAUCCGCAAUGGCAGGAACCUCCUUCUCUCGUCAUCUGCCACUGUCCAUUCCAUCCACAUCACAGAUGGAGGAAAGCUGGUUAUUAAAGACAACGUACAACCUAUCAUUUUGCGUGCUAGACAUAUACUCAUUGAAAAUGAUGGAGAGCUACAUAUUGGCAGUGAGACAUGCCCUUACCAAAGCAAUGUGGCCAUCAUCUUGUAUGGGCGAGCGGAUGAUGGCAGCCAGCCAAAUCCCUACUUUGGGCGAAAGUAUAUUGGAGUAAGUAGGGGUGGCACUCUUGAGAUCCAUGGAAAGAAAAAGUUAUCCUGGACUUUCUUAAACAAGACUCUGCAUCCUGGUGGCAUGGAAGAAGGUGGCUAUUACUUUGAAAGGAGCUGGGGCCAUCGAGGUGUCAUUGUCCAUGUUAUUGACCCAAAGACAGGGGCAGUUGUCCAUUCAGAUCGGUUUGAUACCUACAGAUCAAAAGGGGAAAGUAUGCGUCUUGCCCAGUAUUUGGGCAGGGUUGCGGACGGCAUGAUCCUGUCAGUUGCAGUGAACGAUGAAGGAUCCAGAAACUUGGACGACACAGCCAGGAAAGCAAUGACCAAACUGGGCAGCAAGCAUUUCCUCCACCUUGGGUUUAGACACCCAUGGAGUUUUAUUACUGUUAAAGGAAAUCCCUCCUCUUCUGUUGAAGACCACAUUGAAUAUCAAGGCCACAAAGGGUCAGCAGUGGCCAAAGUAUUCAAGUUGUUCCAAGCUGAGACUGGAGAACAUUUUAAUGUCUCUUCAACAAGUGAGUGGGUUCAAGAUGUAGAGUGGACAGAGUGGUUUGAGAAGCCUGGUAAAGCAAGAUCUAAGGACAUGGAGAAGCUUUCAGACUUCAAAGCUGCUCAUCGUGAUAAAAUCUGUAGUCAACCCAUUGAUAUCCAGGCGAUGACGCUUGAUGGAGCAAGUUUAACAACAGAGGUUUUUUACAAAAAUGGCCGUGAUUAUAGGUUCCUGUGCCAUGGUAAGGACCAGACGGAUGAAGGUUGCCAGAACUACAAAGUACGGUUCCUGUGCGGCAAAUCUGUGAAGCCCAAGCUUACAGUAACCAUUGACACCAAUGUGAAUAGCACGGUCUUGAACCUGGCGGAUGAUGCGAGCUCAUGGCAACCCGGGGACAGGAUUGUGGUUGCAAGCACGGACUACUCCAUGUACCAGGCGGAGGAGUUCCCAGUGCUGCCGUGCAGGGCCUGCAGAGCCAACCAGGUGAAGGUAGCAGGGAAAGCCACAUACCUCCACACCGGAGAAGUCAUUGACGGCGUCGACAUGAGAGCAGAAGUGGGGCUGCUGAGCCGGAACAUCGUGAUCAUGGGCGAGAUGGAGGGGCAGUGCUACGAGUACAGCAGCAAGUUGUGCUCCUUCUUUGAUUUCGACACCUUCGGGGGACACAUCAAGAUUGGUCUUGGUUUUAAGGCUACGCAUGUUGAAGGUCUAGAAUUGAAAUAUAUGGGCCAGCAGACAAUGGGACAUUACCCAAUUCAUUUCCAUAUGGCUGGAGAUGUGGAUGAGAAGGGAGGCUACAACCCUCCAACAUACGUGAAAGACAUCUCCAUUCACCACACCUUCUCCCGCUGUGUCACGGUCCAUGGAUCCAAUGGUUUGCUGGUGAAGGAUGUCGUGGGUUAUGAUGCACUGGGCCAUUGCUUCUUUACUGAGGAUGGACCAGAAGAACGCAACACGUUUGACCAUUGCCUUGGGCUGCUUGUGAAGCCUAGCACUCUGCUCCCCUCCGACCGAGACAGCAGGAUGUGCAAGAUGAUCACAGAGGGAGCUUAUCCAGGGUACAUCCCGAAACCCCGGCAGGACUGCAGUGCUGUAUCCACCUUCUGGAUAGCCAACCCACACAACAACCUUAUAAACUGUGCGGCUGCAGGAUCUGAAGAAACAGGCUUUUGGUUCGUUCUGCACCACGUGCCCACGGGACCCUCGGCUGGCAUGUACUCCCCUGGCUACUCAGAGCACAUUCCGAUGGGGACGUUCGCCAACAACCGCGCGCACUCCAACUACCGGGCUGGGAUGAUAAUUGAUAAUGGUGUUAAGACUACUCCAGCCUCAGCCAAGGAUAAAAGACCUAUUUUGACUCUGAUUUCUGGGAGGUACAGCCCACACAAGGAUGCUGAUCCUUUGAAGCCCAGGGAACCUGCAAUAAUUGAAGGCUUUAUUGCCUACAAGAAUCAGGAUCACGGGGCCUGGCUGCGGGGUGGAGAUGUGUGGCUGGACAACUGCCAAUUUGCUGACAAUGGCAUUGGCCUGACCCUGGCAAGUGGUGGAACCUUCCCUCAUGACGAUGGAUCAAAGCAAGAAAUCAAGAACAGCUUGUUUGUUGGUGAGAGUGGAAAUUUGGGCACAGAGACUAUGGACAAUGAGAUCUGGGGACCUGGAGGCCUGGAUCACAGAGGAAGGACCCUGCCCAUUGGCCCGAAUUUUCCCAUUCGAGGGAUUCAGUUCUAUGAUGGACCCAUCAACGUUCAGAACUGCACAUUCCGCAAAUUCGCUGCCCUGGACGGCAGGCACACGAGUGCGCUGGCGUUCCGGCUCAAUAACGCCUGGCAGAGCUGCCCCAACAACAAUGUCACCGACAUUCGUUUUGAAGACGUCCCUAUUACAUCAAGGGUCUUCUUUGGAGAACCCGGACCAUGGUUCAAUGAUCUGAAUAUGGAUGGCGAUAAAACAUCAGUUUUUCAUGAUGUAGAUGGUUCUGUGUCUGAAUAUCCAGGUUCAUACCUUAUAAAAGAAGAUAACUGGUUAAUCAAACACCCUGAUUGCAUUGAUGUGCCUGACUGGAGAGGGUCUAUCUGCAGUGGACACUAUGCACAGAUCUACAUCCAAGCCUACAAGCCAGCAAAUCUGAAAAUGAAAAUAAUAAAAAAUGACUACCACAAUCGACCACUGUAUUUAGAAGGGGCGUUGAGCAAAAGCACUCAUUACCAGCAGUAUCAGCCAGUUAUAACUCUGAGGAAAGGCUACACCAUCCACUGGGACAAGACGGCUCCCGAAGAACUGGCCAUAUGGCUUAUCAACUUCAACAAGAAUGACUGGAUCCAAGUAGGGUUUUGUUAUCCUAAAGGGACAACAUUUUCCAUUCUCUCAGACAUCCAUAAUCGUCUUUUGAAGAAAACAUACAAAACUGGAACCUUUUAUAGAACCUUUCAGAUGGAGAAACUGGAGCACAGACAUCCUAGCAAAGGAUACUACUACUGGGAUGAGGACACGGGACUGCUGUUUCUGAAACUCAAAGCUCAAAACGAGAAGGAGAAAUUUGCCUUCUGCUCUGUCAAAGGCUGUGAACGAAUAAGAAUCAAAGCUGUGAUUCCAAAGACUGCUGGUGUGAGUGACUGUGAAGCCAUGGCCUAUCCCAAGUACAUCGAGACGCCAGUUGUAGAAGUCCCAAUGCCUAAGAAGCUCUCUAGUGCACAACUGAAGACCAAGGACCACUUACUAGAAGUGAAAAUAGAAACUUAUAAGAAACAGUACUUCCACCUAAAGGAUGACUUUGCAUACAUUGAGGUUGAUGGUAUUAGGUUUUUCCUGACUGAGGAGGGUAUUCAACUGAUUGUGAUUGAUGGAUAUCAUGGAAAAGUUGUUGAUCGAGUAACAUUCAAGAACUCGAUUCUGCAAGGAAUUCCAGCACAAAUAGAAAAUUAUGUCAACAGCAUCAAAGACCACUCUAUAGUGCUGGUGACAUCUAAAGGAAGAUUCAUCUCCAAAGGACCGUGGACUAACAUACUGGAAAAACUUGGAGCAGCAGAAGGUUUUAGGUUAAAAGAAAAAAUGGCUUUUGUUGGAUUCAAAGGCAGCUUCCGCCCAGUCUGGGUGAAAAUGGUCACCGACGAGGAUUCAGCUAAGAUCUACCAAGCACUGCCGAUUCCUGUGGUGAAGAAAAUGAAAUUAUGAGGACACACUGCUUUGCCUUCUGGCUACCAGCACUGCCCCGAUAGACGGACUACUGACUGCUCACAACAGGCACAUUGCCAGAGUGCUCCAGGGAUGUAGCAUUUUGUU